AUGGAAGACAAGAAACAAAUCAAAGUCUUUGUUAAAUGCCUUGAGAAAAACCAAACUAUUAUGUUUAAGAUGAAUUUUGAUGAGGUUGCUGAUAAAUUAUAUUUACAAUGUUCUGAACAUUUUCAAAUGGAAAUUAAUGCUCCACUACGUUUAAUUUGUAAAGGAAAGAUAUUAGACCCCCACAAAAGUUUAGAACAAAAUGAAGUUUAUGAUGAUUCUUUAUGUUAUUUAUAUUCACCUGAUAUCCAAAGAACAAUAAGUAAUGAUGAAGAUGCAAUAAAUGCGUUGAUGGAUGAUAUGGUCAGAGACUUUGGAUUAAGAAAUAAUCCUAGAAUUAUUCUUUAUGUUAACAAUCCUAAUACAGGAGAAAUGGUUCGUGUUAUAAGAACUCCUACUGUUGUAGUCAAUACUCAAAAUGAAUCUUCAAUUAAUACAACUAACUCACAACCAUCUCAAAGUAACAAUGAAACAAACAAUGUAACUAGAACACAAGAAACAGAAGAACAACCAAUGUUUAGUCAAAUUAUAGAACAAUCUCUUAUAAAUUUACUUCGCAACAUCAAUAGCCAAAGUCUUCAAAUUGGUCAUGCUACUCAACCACAACAAAGCCCUGUUGAAAAUCAACAAACUGUUCAUUCACAAAAUGUCAAUACUACGAAUAAUAAUUCACAGCUACAACAAAACACCAAUCAAAAUGGACUUAGAGAAGAACAACAAAGAAGAGAAACUAACCAACCUCAAAUCAAUCCUAUUCCAUCUUCAAAUCAUAAUAAUAAUAGUUCAAAUUCUACCAAUACCCUUUUAAAUCAAUUAAGGUCUAUAGAUAGUCAAAUCAUAGCAAGGCCAGUCCCUACAAUAUCAUUCCAAAUAUUAGACAUGAGACCUCGGUCUAUUCCAAUUGAUAAUUUACAUGCGUUUCGAGGUAAUACAAGAACAGUAUUACAUUCAGUUGGACAAGAAAGAACGUGUCAACAAGAAAACUCAAGUACUACACCUAUUCAACCAAACAAUAAUCCUAUAGAAGAAAAAAUCAAUAGGCUUCUUUUUGAAUUAUUUGUAACACUUAUUUUUAAUGAAAGAGAAGAGGAUGUAGCAAAAGAAGUGAUUCAAUCACUUUCUACUAUUUCAAAUAACAAAGAAGAAAUUAUUGGCAGCUUUAUUAAUGGAACAGCAACUCUUCUUACAUCACUUCUCAGUGAAUCAACAAAUGAAGUUAAACAUUCAUUACUAAGAGAUGUUUUAAAUAUUAUUUAUUAUAACUUGUAUGAAUUUUAUUCAAAUGAUCCUCUUACUCCACAACAACUCCUUUAUUAUUUUAAGAAAGAUAUUUACGAUAUCAUCGAAUUAAACAAAAAAUAUUCAAUCAAUAAUAUCUUAGAUUUGUUCCAUAGGUUACUUCAUCAUAUAGUUAGUCACGCUUCACUACCUCCCAAAGUUACUUCUAAGAUUUCUCCUUCAAUAGAAACAGAGGAACAAUUUUUAAAAGCAGUACAACGCUGUCACGAAGCGUUUAAAUUGUAG